AUGUCACUCUCCAAAGUCAGCAAAGUCACCCUCACCCUUCAAGAGAAGCUGGACUUCCUCCCAGCCCUGGCAUCCAUCUUGUUGGCCGGGUUUUAUGCGCUCCUCACAGGUCUCUGGCGCACAGAGCGCCAAGCUAAGACCCUGUUCCUGCAUCUGGGGUAUGCAAUAUUCCGCAAAGCCACUGCUCGCCUGACUCCGAGUCAACUGCAAUAUGUGUCGCCGCCAUCUCACAAGAUCUAUGAAAUCUAUACAAAGAAGACUGGCGCACCGGCUCAAUCAGUCGAAUUAGGCAAUGGCGCUUUAGGCCACUGGGUCGGGGAUCGCAAUGCCGAUAAUGUCCUGGUUUGGUAUCACGGUGGUGGUUUCGGCCUCCCCGCCAGCAUGGGCCACUUCAAAUUCUACGCGCAAUUGAUCGCGGACCUAAAAGCUCAGGGAAAGAGUGUCGCAGUCUUCAGCUUGACCUACACACUCUCCCCGAUAGCAACAUACCCAACCCAAUUGCGCCAGGCAGUAGAAUGUCUCCGCCACGUUAUCAGCCAACCAAACCGCUCCCCAUCAUCAGUCUUCAUCGGCGGAGACUCGGCAGGCGGAAAUUUAGUCGGCGGCGUCCUCUCCCACCUAGCACACCCGCACCCAGAAAUCACACCAGUUGAAUUAUCCAGCAACCUAGGCGGCGCAGUACUUGUCGCGCCAUGGACACUCAUGGAUACAGAGUUCCCCGACCAGGAAAUCUACCACGGCGGCGAUCUAAUCACGCAGGCAGUCGCACAGCCAUGGUCGAGUGCGUACCUCGGCAAAGCACAGCGCGAUUACUAUACGGAUCUAUCGACUGCGCCGGUAGAUUGGUAUUCGACCUUCCCGGUCGAAUCGGUGUUGAUCACCGGUGGAGGGAAUGAAAUUAUGCUUCCUAUUAUCCAGGACUUUGCGGCUAAGUUCAAGGAAGGCUUUGGAAAGGUUGAGUUGUUUGUUGGACAUCGUGAGUGCCAUGUGGCGCCGGUUUAUAAUUUGGAGCUGGGCUCUACGGAAAAGACUCAACAGGGGAAGAAGGUUGAGGCGUUCCUCACUGAGAUGAUGGUUUAG